AAUUACACGCUUAAUGAAAGUAUUCUAGAUAAAGCGGAAGGUAACUCUAUUGAUGCUAUUGCAAUUAACCCUAAUUGUGAUGUUAGAGAGUUGGAUGCGAAAUUUCUUGAAUGUUUGAGUUGGGAGAACAUUGGAGUUAUCCCAGAAGUAGAAGUUGAAAUUGAUCAAAUGGAAUAA